AUGUCUCAGACAGCUCCUGAACAAAUCAAGUUACCAGAUGCUCAAGGAUACCCACAAGUAGACUGGAAACUCUUCUUGCCUGUUGAAGGUGAGACUCAAGAUCAGAGAAAGGCAAGACUCCAACAUGCAGUCGAAGAGAAGAACAAAGUUUUCAAACAACGCGAAGAAUUCAUCAACAAUCUCCCAGAAGAAGAACGUCUUAAGUACAGGGAGAACAAGCUGAAGAAGCUUGAAGAAAAGCUUCGUCGUAAAGAGGAGAAACUCCGCAGGAAACAAGAUAAGAGAAGCAAACAAGAUAAGAAAGAUAAGAAAGAUAAGAAAGAUAGAGAUUACGAUGACAAGAAAGACAAGAAGUCUCAUUGCAAAUGCGGAUCUGAUCAAGAGGUUGAGAUUUCUAUUGAUGAGUUUGUCCAGUUCAAAAAGUGGGAAAACUCUUUCAAGAAGAAACGCGUCAAUGCGAUGAAGUACAACGCUUUCUGCGAAUGGCGUAAAGAAAAUGGACAAGUUCCACAAGAAAAACAAGAGAAUCCACAGAAUCAACAGUAA